AUUUCUGGCCGGUCACAUUUUGGUCACACUAGCCGUUUCAUUUAGCAUAAAUUAAUAAUAAUUUGUUAAAAAAAUGCCGAAAAAAAAGACAGGACAGCGCAAAAAGGCUGAAAAGCAAAAGCUGCGCCUCAAGGAGAUUCGCACCCGCGAAACCCCGCUGGCCGAUGUGCCCUGCAAUGCGCCGAUGGACUGCGACAAGUGCGAAAAGAAGCAAAAGUCUCGGGCGUUCUGCUACUUUUGCCAAAGUCUGCAGCGGCUGCCGAUCUGUGCCCAAUGUGGGAAGAUCAAGUGCAUGCUGAAGACGGGCGACUGCGUGGUGAAGCAUCCCGGCGUGUACACCACCGGCAUGGGCAUGGUGGGCGCCAUUUGCGAUUUCUGCGAGGCCUGGGUGUGCCACGGCCGCAAGUGCCUGACCAGCCAUGCCUGCACGUGUCCACUGCAGAACGCCGUCUGCUUGGAGUGCGAACGUGGCGUUUGGGAGCACGGCGGGCGCAUCUUCAAGUGCUCCUUCUGCGAUGGCUUCCUGUGCGAGGACGAUCAGUUCGAGCACCAAGCUAGUUGUCAGGUGCUGGAGUCGGAGAACUACAAGUGCCAGUCGUGCAACCGUUUGGGACAGUACUCGUGCCUGCGCUGCAAGACCUGCUACUGCGAGGAUCAUGUGCGCCGCAAGGGCUUCAAGUACGACAAGAACAAGGCCAUUCCCUGUCCCAAGUGCAAUUACGACACGUCCGUCACCAAGGAUCUGAGCAUGUCGACGCGUUCGCACAAGUUUGGCCGCCAACAGCAAGGUGGCAGUGAUGACGAAGAGGGCUAUGGCGGCUACUAUGGCGGUGGCGCUAGCGGCGGCAGCGGCUACUACGGUGGCGGUGCCACUGGCGGUUACGGCGACGACGCAUCCGAUGAAUCUGAUGACGAUUACGAGGAUGACGACGAUGAUGAGGAUGAUGAUGAUGAUGAAGAGGAGUCGAGCGCCAGCGAGGCGGAGAAAGAUGCAGCCGAAAAGAAAACCACAAAAUAAGAUCUGUAAAACUGAUUAAUAGAUCAGAUUAGAUCUGCAUUUGUACCCCCUUUAUAAGGCCCAUUAAUGACUCACUUAAUCAGUUUUUUGGCUGUGUAAUUGUUGGGCCUGUAAUGCAAUUGUGAAAUAAAUUCAGUUGUCAAAUCAA